UAAUAACUUUAUUUUAUUUAGUUGGUUACAGAAAAAUAUGUCCUCUAGGUCUGGAAAAAUAUUACAGAUGGGUUAUCAUCAAAUCAGGGAUAGCUUACAAAGAAGAAAAUUGUCUUUUUACCCAAUAAAUGAGGCGUUAUACGGACUUACUCCAGAUCAGAUUCAACUCAGGGAGACAGUUUUUAACUUUUCGCAAAAAGAGUUGGCUCCACUGGCAGACAGGUUGGAUAAAGACAAUGGAUUAGAUACCUCUGAAAGAAAAAUUCUGUGGAGAAAAAUUGGAGAAAUGGGAUUUUUCGGGAUUACAACAAAAUCCAAAUAUGGGGGCAGUGAUCUCUCAUUGUUAGAUCAGAUCAUAAUAGGCGAGGAAUUUAGCAGAAUAUCUCCUGCAAUGGGAAUGAGUAUUGGAGCUCAGUCUAACCUAUGCAUAAACCAGUUGGACCGGAACGGAACAGAAGAACAGAAAAUGAAAUAUAUUCCUAAACUCUGUUCAGGUGAAUGGUGUGGAGCUCUGGCAAUGUCUGAGGCUGGAUCCGGGUCAGAUGUUGUUAGCAUGCGUCUACAGGCAGACAGAGAAGGAGAUGAUUUUGUGUUAAAUGGAACCAAGUUCUGGAUUACUAAUGGUCCGGAUGCUGAUGUUUUCAUUGUUUACGCUAAAACAGAUCUUUCAAGCCAGCCACACCAUGGUAUUACAGCAUUUAUUGUAGAGCGAAACUUUUUAGGAUUUUCAAGUGGACCAAAGUUGGAUAAACUUGGCAUGCGAGGAUCAAAUACAUCAGAACUUAUUUUUGACAAUUGCAGGGUGCCCAAAGAAAACAUUUUAGGAGGAUUGAACAAGGGUGUAUACGUUCUCAUGUCAGGAUUAGACAUAGAAAGAUUAGUUUUAUCGGCAGGACCGGUUGGAGUUAUGCAGGCUUGUUGUGACACAGCUUUUAAGUAUGCUAAUGAAAGGAAGCAAUUUGGUCACAACAUUUCAGAGUUUCAACUUAUUCAAGCAAAGAUGGCUGACAUGCAUACUCGACUCUCUGCAUCAAGAAGUUUUUUAUACAAUGUUGCACGGGCCUGUGAUAAUGGAUUUAUUUGCAACAAGGAUUGCGCUACCGUUGCAUUGUUCUGUGGUGAAAACAGUACAAAAUCUGCUCUAGACGCAGUGCAGAUACUCGGAGGAAACGGAUACAUUAACGAUUAUCCUACAGGAAGGUAUUUGAGAGACUCAAAAUUGUUUGAAAUUGGAGGUGGAACCAGCGAGGUUAGACGAUUGGUUAUUGGCCGUGAAAUAAACAAGGAGUACAAAUAAAUUAUUAUAAAUUUGGA